CGUUCGUCGUGUAAGUCCAUUGUCGUCGAAAGCAAAGGGGCGAUGUUCCGUCAACUUGGUUCGACGCCAAAAUCCCAGUCUCCAUGCUGUCCCAUAGGCUUCGCAUGGCGACUGCGACGCUUCUAGCAGCCUGAGCUGCAUCCAGUGCAUGGCGGUCUGGGCGGUCUGAUUUGGAUAAAUCAUAAAGUCUGCUGUCCACUUGUGCAAUGCAGCCAUGCUGCCAAUGCUGUGCGUCAACUGCAUGAUGCCGGCGUCUUUCUGAAAUAUUGAACUCAUAAUUCAGUCGUCCAUGUCCUCAGCAGCCACCUCCCUACUGGCCCGGCCCCUGACACCGCUAGCUCGCAGAUCUUUCGAACAAAAGACGCUCCAGUGCAAAGUAAACCACAGCACCGCCUGCCCGUUCCUUUCAGCAGGGCACGCACAUAUCGCUGAUAAUUCUUUGUAUCCGCGCACGUUUGUGCAACGCCUUUCUGCAGGACUUCACAGACGUUUCUGUGCAACCAUGGCGCCGGUUGAGGGGAAUGCUGACAAGGGCAAAACAAAGGGCCGGAGUGCCCUGGAUGAGAUGGACACCAGUGGUGCCUUCAAGAGGACGGACUCCUCUUUCAGAAACUGGAUCACAGCGGAUGGCUCCAGCGGCUUCCCCGCAGUGGCGGGGCGCUAUCACCUGUACAUAAGCUAUGCCUGCCCCUGGGCCAGCCGCUGCCUGGCCUUCCUCAAGCUCAAAGGACUGGAGCACGCUAUUAGCGUCACUACGACUAAGCCACGGUGGGAGCGGUCGCGCCCAGACAAUCCGGACGACUCUCACAUGGGCUGGGCCUUUGCCAAGUUCGACAAUGAGGAGCCGGACGCGACGCCUGACCCCCUGGAAGGGGCCAAGUUCAUCAGGGACCUGUAUGAGAUUGCGGACCCGUCCACCGGCAAAUUCACCGUGCCAGUUCUCUGGGACAAGGAGAAGCACACAAUUGUCAACAACGAGAGCGCCGAGAUCACGCGCAUGUUCAACAAGGAGUUCAACGCGAUCGCGGAGCACCCCGAGUUGGACCUCUACCCCGCCGAGCUGCAGAAGGAGAUUGACAGCGUCAACGAGUGGGUCUAUGACACCAUCAAUAACGGCGUGUACAAGUCGGGCUUCGCAACCAAGCAGAAACCGUACGAAGAGGCUGUGACCGCCCUAUUCAACUCGCUGGACCGGGUGGAGGAGAUUCUGUCCAAGCAGCGCUACCUUGCUGGCAACGUGCUGACCGAGGCUGACGUCAGGCUCUUCAUGACGCUGAUUCGCUUCGACGAGGUGUACGUGGUACACUUCAAGUGCAACAAGAAGCUCAUCCGCGAGUACCCCAACAUUUUCAACUACACCAAGGAGCUGUUCCAGAUGAAGCCCAUCGGGGACACGGUCAACAUGCACCACAUCAAGGAGCACUACUACGGGAGCCACCCGUCGAUUAACAAGUUUGGGAUCGUGCCCAUUGGUUCCAACACCGACUUUUCGGCCCCCCAUGACCGGGAAAAGAAGUUUCCUUCCAAGAAGUAGGAGUCUCGCAGCUUGUUUGCGGGCCGCUUGGUGCUGUACGUGUAGCAAUGAGCACAGUCGAGCUUGCGUUGUGGGUUUUGCUUUUUGAUUGCUAUUGGAAGUUUUGCUCCCGUAAGCUAGCCAAUGCUGGGGCUUCCAUCGCACAUCUCUUAACGAAGAGGUUUGUGUCUCGUCAUUGGUGCGGACUUUUGUACACUAGAAAGGAAUAAUCGGCCUUUGAGUAAGUGCUUCCCUUAACGGUCGGACAUGUCAUACAGCGCCUUGAUCUGUGCAUUACGUACACUGAUCUAUGUUGCCGAUUAUGUUCUCCGUGAUGCCAGACAUUGAGUUCAG